ACACACACAGCUGGAGCAAGGCGAUGUAGGGUUCCUGCGCUACUUUUGGCAGAUCACAGAAUCGGAGGUGGCCACGCAGCUCUCCAAUGUGUUCUCCCCCAAACCGUUUGUCAAUACACUGCUGCAAGUCCCGUCAAAGGCCAUAUCCGUCCCGUUUGUUGGCGACGAUCCGGACCUAAAUCUCAGACGGGACUCAAGCCAGGGCAUAAGGACCGAAACAGGACAACUGGGGUCAGAAGAGAAUAUGGAGGCGAUGGGUGGGCACAAGCCACCUAAGCCGAUGGCAAAUAGACAGCACUCGUCAAGUGGGACGAAAAAUGUACUGAUUGCGCCUGUGAAGACAUCGUUCGAAUACGUCAAGGUGCGAGUGCUAUGCUACCACUACCACGAAGGUCAGCAGUUUCAGACUUUGGCCGAUGAGUUCCAUGAGCUGAACUCUCAGACCUGUGCCCUGCCCGCAGGACUGACCACCAAGCCAGCUGCGGAGGGGCUACUGUUUCACAUCCACGGAG